UCCUGCGCAUGCUUAUUCUUAAGAACCUCCCGGGACGAGGGUGAGUGUCGUUAGCUCACUCUGCGGAACGCCCGGGACCUGAGGGCACGUGUCUUGCGCAUGCUCGUUCCUGGAGCGCACGGCACCCGAGCCCUGUUGUGCGCAUGCUCGCUGUACGUCCGGCCUCACUGGCUGUGGGGCCGUGAAGUCAAUAAAUGGCGCUGGUGGCGGGAAAGUUAAGCCUUCGGGGGGAUGUGUAGUGACUUUCACAGGGCUGAGUCUGGAACGGAGCUUCUCGCCCGACUUGAAGGUAGAAGUUCCUUGAAAGUAAUAGAACCGUACCUGUUUGCUGAUGAAGAAUCACCUGUGCAUGGUGAUAUUCUUGAAUUUCAUGGUCCAGAAGGAACAGGAAAAACAGAAAUGCUUUAUCAUUUAACAGCACGGUGUAUACUUCCAAAGUCAGAAGGUGGACUGGAAAUAGAAGUCUUGUUUAUUGACACAGAUCACCACUUUGAUAUGCUUCGGCUUGUUACAAUCCUUGAGCAUAGACUGUCCCAAAGCUCUGAAGAGAUCAUAAAAUCUUGCCUUGGAAGAUUCUUUUUGGUGUACUGCAGUAGUAGCUCCCAGUUACUUCUCACCCUUUACUCACUAGAAAGUAUGUUUUGUAGCCACCCCUCGCUCUGCCUUUUGAUUUUAGAUAGCCUGUCAGCUUUUUACUGGAUUGACCGUGCCAACGGAGGAGAAAGUGUUAACUUACAGGAGUCUACUCUGAAGAAAUGUUCUCAGUUCUUAGAGAGACUGGUGAAUGAGUACCGCUUGAUUCUUUUUGCAUCAACACAAAGCAUCAUGCAAAAACCGUCAAACUCAACAGAAGGACCUUCUUCUGCCUUUAAGCAGCCAAGUAAUGAAGACAUAGACUAUAGACCCUAUCUCUGUAAGGCAUGGCAACAAAUGGUAAAGCAUAGAAUAUUUUUUUCCAAACAAGAUGAUUCUAAAAGGAACAACCAAUUUUCCUUAGUUUCACGUCACCUAAAAAGUAACAGUUUAAAAAAGCAUUUUUUUAUUAUUGGAGAAAGUGGGGUUGAGUUUUGCUGAUAGGUAUUAUAAAUUAGUCUUUUGCAGGAUAUUAUACAGUUCAUUAAAAUUCUUUUAUAGGCUAAGGUUUUUUGAUUCUAAAGUUUUAAACUCAAGGGGAAUUAACAUUUCUAUAUAGACUGGAUUUCUUAAACUCAUACAGUAAGACUUCAGACUAUUCUGUUUCUAGGUUAUUGAAGAUUAAUCAAAAUAUUAGCAAUUGAACUUAGUAUUAAACUUGUUUUAGAACUAAAUAAAUGGUAUAUACAUUUCAACCUAAAUAAAAUGGACUUUUAUAACUUUGUGUCACUUUUUUUAAUUCAGUUAAGUACUAUUUGUUUAGAAAUAAUAAAUAUUUAUUAUUUUAGAAAUAUUUAGAAAUAAAUGCAUUUCUCUUCUCUCAUGUAACUUCUUUUGCAAAUCAUGACUUUGGAAAAUUUUAUAUAGAACCUUUAUUUUUGCAGAAGGAAUGAAUCAAGGCUACUUAGUCAUCGGCCUCUCACUAACAUUGUUUUGUGUGGGUGACUAGAUUAUGGAAUCUCAGACUUAGACUAAAUUCCAAAAUGAAACUGCAUUAUGGUUGGGUUUUAGUAUGAUUUUUGAAGCACAGGGAAAUAAGGUACCCCUCCAAAGAACUCUGUAACGUAUGUUUUAAAAUCCUUACCUUCUCCUCGUUAAGUGAUAGAUGAAUGCUAAAACUAUAUUAGAACUAUACAUUACUAGUAUUUUCUUAUCCAUUUAGUAUAAUCCAGACAUACCCUGAACUGGAUUCAAUCAUUUCCAACCAGAAGCAGGAGAAGUUUCAAUAUACUAUGCUGAUAAGGCCAGUGAGGCCAGAAUGGGGAGCAUACAUCUCAAAGAAUACCCAAGGUAAUAUAUCGCAGUGAAGGAAGAAAAUUUUACAACUUCUGUUUAUACAAUUUAGUCUAAGAAAAGAUUAAAUCAUAUCAAUAUUUGGUGUUCAGAUUGACCCUGGCGCUGUCAUUCAGCCCAUAUGUCAGAUUGUCAUAUGUCACAUAUGUACCUGAGGUAGAAGUAGAAGGGAUUGACGGUGGUAUACUCAUGGGUUUGUUCAUUUAUGUGUUAUCUAGCUCAUUAAAAUUUUGUAACUGUAAAGUGACAGUUGUAAAUAUUCUCACAAAGAUUCCUUAAAGGCUUAAAAAGAAUCCUGCAAAGAAACAAAGAUGGAAGAUAAAGAAUCUUAAUGAUGCAGGUGUAACAGAUGUGGCCUACGCUGUCUUUCCUCACCCAUGUACCCUGGACCAACUCUGGCUCACCUGCAGUUUCCAAAAACAUAGGAAUUCUGAGACACUGAGCUAUUUCUGCCUGGUCCCAAUAGGGUUUAUUCCCAGCUUAUGGCAGUAAUUUAUUCAUUAACAUGCUGUUUAUUGGCCUUCAUUUUCCCACUCUUUCAUGGUGCCACCCAGGAUCGUCUCCCAAUGGAACUUCAAGUUCUUGUCUAGGAACUGCUGUUGCUGAGGAGCAAAGGAGAACCAAAGUGUCAGCAGAUAAUAAAAAUUCAUCAAACAGGCCAGUAUUUGCUCUUCAGCCACAUUAUGAAAUUAAAAAUGACAACGGCAGUAUAACUUUUCAGUAUAUCUAUAGUUCAUCCUUUUUCACUUUACAGUUUCGUGUAUUUUUAUUACUUGCAAAACAUGGUACACAUAAGUAAUUUAUACAUAUUUGUAUGUUGGGUAAAUAUGCUGAUCUUUCCCCCCUGAUAAAAGUAUGGAAUCAAUAAAAUUGAAGAUCCACUCCUCUACUCUUGAGUACGUCUCCUUUCAUCUGUUAAAAGUUAUGAAAAUUCAGUUACCUUAUGUAUCAAAGUUCUGUGGUCUGGUGAAGUGUGUGUGUGUUGUGUGUGUAUGUGUUAUUCAUAUACAUAUAUGAAAAACUUAGCAACUCUUAUCAGAAUUCUAGCCUUGAACAUGAUAGGAUUUUUCAUUUCUCCUUUAUAUAAAUGAAGUGUUAAUUUACUGGACUAUUAUUCACAGGUUUAUAACUUAUUCUUCAGGAACAUGAUUAAAAAAUAAUGAACUUUUAUAUUAGCUUAAAUUAUCAAUUAUAUAGCAGUGUGUCAGAGCUAGCAAAGACUCAGUUAUCUUAAAAAAGAUUUGUUACCUGACAUGUUGGAAGGAAUUAAGAAUACUAGUUAAUCAAAAAUUCUUUUAAAUUAAAAUUAAGAUUAAUGGGACAUUGUAAACACUGUAGAAAUUUUAACACUUGUGAAAAGAAUCAGGUUUAAAGAGGCAGAUCUUAGGUUGUGCAGAUGGCAGAUGCCAGAGGUGCCAAAAGAAUAAUGGGAGUGAAUGACAAAUCUUACAAUAUUUGCCCCAUUUACCUGUAAAAAAUGAGGAUUAUAAACUACAUUUCUUACUAGCAAACUUCUCACCAUCAUGUGAGAAUCUAGUGGAAAAAAUGCAUAUGAGAGAUACUUCAGACAUUCAUUUGAUAAAUGCUGUAUAAAAAUAAUACUUAUCACAUCUUUGAAUGUAUAAGGCUUUCAGCUUUCAACUGCAAAAUGCUGUAUUAUUAAUAUGCUUUAAAAAUUUUUGAUGCAGACUACUUUGUUAUAGGGAUUAACCAAAAAUGAGGGUAAAGUAAAGACAUUUUCAGAUGAGAAACAGCUGAGAAUUUACCACCAAAAUUGCCUCACUUAAAGGAAUUUCUAAAAGAUAUACUUCAAGGAGAAAGAAACUUAUUCCAGAAAGAAAAUUUGAGAUGUAAGAUACAAUGUUAAGUAAAGAAAAUGGUAAGCCCUUGAGUAAAUCUAAAGAAAUAUUGGUAGUAUCAGACAGUGAAAAUGUCUAAAUUUGUGGGAAGAAAAAACACAGUGUAGGGUGAAAAGCCUAAUUAACUUAUUGCAUGUCGGUCUGUUUCAUGUAAACCUAGUACAUGUAAGAUAGGUAAUUAGAAUUACAAUUCCAAAGAUUGUGCAUUAUUCUGAAGGAGAGUGAAAAUAUGGACCAGCUUUAGACUUGAUUAAGUAUGACUUUGAAAAUUUGAAGGGCUACCUAGAAAAGAAGCAAAAUAAUACAUAUUCCAGUAAUACAUGUUAAGGGAGCAACCAUGAAAUGAGUAAAACAAAAAAACAAUAAAGGCACAGGGGGAAAAGUGGGUAGGACAAAUAAGCACUAAAUAAUAUGGUAGAAAUAAAUCCAAUUGAAAAUGGAUGGAACGCUUCUGUGGAAAAAAAAAUCAUUCUUAGAUUUUUAAAAAUCCUGUUAUAUGCUUUUUAAAGAAACGCACCUAAGACAACAGAAAUGUUGAUGUCACAAAGAUGAAAAACCAUAUGCCAGAGAAAUCCCCAAAGGAAACUCCUGCAGCUCUAUAAGACUAGACUUUAACUGUAGUAAUAUUUUCUGUCUUAACAAGAUUGCUACGGAAUGAUGGAAAGUUUGAUUCAUCUUGUAAUUUGUAUACACCCAAUGAGAUAACUUCAAAAAAUAUAAAGCAAAAAUUUAGAAAACAUCAAGGAGAAAUUGACAUGAUCACCAUCACAGUAGAUAUUUUAAUAUACCUCUUUCAGUAACUGAGAGAUCAAGCAGUUGAAAAGAAUCAGUAAGAAUAGAGAAUAUCAGAACAACAAAAUUAAACUUGAUCUAAUAAACAUGUAGAACUCUGCAUAUAAAAUAAUGCAUAUUCUUUUAAACACAAAAGGAAAAUAUAUGAAAACUGAUCACAUGUUGUUGUUAGGUGCUGUCGAGUCGAUUUUCAACUCCAUGUGACAUAGUAAAACUGCCCCAUAGGGUUCUCUUGCUGUAAUCUUUGUGGAAGCAGAUCACCAGGUCUUUGUCUCACAGAGCCAGUGGGUGAGUUUGAACCACCAAACUUUCAGUUAGCAGCCCAGUACUUAACUGUUUGGGCUACCAGGGCUUCUUGAUCACAUACUAAACCAAAACCAAACCCAAACCCACUGCCGUCCAGUCGAUUCUGACUCAUAGCGACCUUGAAGAACAGAGCAGAACUGCCCCCAUAGAGUUUCCAAGGACUGCCUGGUGGAUUUGAACUGCCAACCUCUUGGUUAACAGCUGUAGCACUUAACCACUAUACCACCAGGGUUUCUUGA